UUCUCGGCUAUCCAGGCAAUACAAUCGGAUUUGUCCCAAGUUAAGAGUGACAUUGCUGAGAUGAGGAGCAGUAUCGACUCCAAAUUGACUGACUUGGCCGGCAGAAUGAGCACGAUUGAGUCUCGGGUCAGCGCACUGGAAGAGUGCAAAGCUGAAUUGGAUGACGUAAAAAAGGCAAUAAGCGAUGUUAUUAACGACUCUCGAAGAAAUGAACAGUGGGUUCGGCGAUCUAACAUACAAAUUAAUGGCGUGCCGGAAACAAAGGGAGAAAACUUGUUCAACAUUCUGAAGUCGUUAGCGGACCUAAGUGGAUACUCGCUAAAUACGAAUACCGACAUAGACUUCGUUACGCGUGUUGCUGUGAGGAACGACUCGGACGGCGCCUUACCGAAACCCAUUAUUGUUAAGAUGCAAGCUCGCUAUAAGAAAGACGACUUCAUGGCGUCACUCCGAAAAUUGAGGAAUUUAAAAGCUUCCGACUUAGGAUACAGCACCAGCCUAAACCGAAUAUAUGUUAAUGACCAUCUCUCGGCUCACAAUAAAUAUCUACUUAAAGAGGCGAAACAACGAGCCAAACAGAAAAAAUAUCAAUUUUGCUGGGUUCGCAACUGCACAGUCAUGGUUCGUCGCGAUGAAAAAUCCCCGGUUUUGUAUAUUGGUUCGGAAGAGGCUUUAAACAAAAUGACAUAG